AUGCUUAAUGUUUCUGGUAUCUCUACAUCCUUGGAUUUAGUGAUACACUAUAUAGAAACACAUCACAUUGACAUUUUACUACUCACGGAAACCUUCUUGCUCAAAGGUGAUCUAUUCACUCAAUGGGCUCAACAUCAUCAAUAUGCUACCAUCUCAGGUGAUGCGUCCAAAGGCAAUGGUGGUUUGACAUUUCUAAUUCGACCUCAUUUUCCUCACUAUGUUCACCGUAGCACUGAUCCAACAACCACACAACACAACAAGCUCAGUAUCGUGAUUGGUAACUCGCUUACUGUCCAUGGCUUCCAUUUACCACCAGCGCUAUCCUUUGCAGACUAUCAAACUGUAUUGGGUAGUGUUGACUUCAACUCUUCAUCGUCAGUUAUUUGUCUUGGUGAUUUCAACACUCGUCUCGGCUCAUUCACUGGUGAUACCCGUAAUACGAAUCCUCGUAGCAACUAUCUCCUCAACUGGCUUACAGUCCAUCAGGCUAAUCUCUGGAAUCGUAUUUCUACAUUCGGACAACCUACAUUUGAGUCUAAUCGAGGCACAAGCAUCAUUGAUUUCGUGAUUUCACGCCCCAAUAUAUUCUCGGCUAAUCCCUUGUUAUCUAUUGAAAGUGAUAUCAAUCUCAACUCGGAUCAUCACCUUGUGCAAUUUUCGUUUAAGCUACACCAACAACCUCAACUCCUCCCAACAUCGACUUUGGCUGGCAACCGUCGUCUUUGGAACUUGCAACGUUUGGAAGAAAAAGACCAACACCCCAAUUUGUUUGUGCUCUCUGGUGACACAGCAACUAAGCAUCGGAAGGAGGCUACUAUCAAUCAACGGAUCAAUGCUACUAAUGGUUUCUAUUUCGAGGUUGUGGAAUCUCCCAAGGAUUUCAUUAACCGUGUUGGCAUCGAAAUGAUCCAAGCGAUCCACUCAGCACUUGAUAAUUCAGUAACACCAAGAACACCUAGGCCUAAAACCUGGAAAUUCUUUUGGGAUGCAGAAUUACAACAUUUGGCUGACAUUAGACAACAAUGCUACACUGAUUGGAAACAACACAAGCACCACAGAAGAUCAUUGAUUGGCUCAACACACCUCUGGUCUCUUUAUCAACAAGCUUGCAACAACCUCAAGAAGGCUAUCAAGGCUGCUAAACGAAGACAUUGGAAGAAAUUUUGUAAUGACAUGAGUGAUUCCUCUUCAAAUCAGGUGUAUUCCGUUCUAAAACGCUUAAGAAAGAAACACACUACUAAUCAUUGUUUUUCGCAUAGUGAAGGACCUGAAGUAGCUGCAAAUGUAAUGGCAGAUUAUCAAAGACACAUUUUUGGGGGGAGAUCAAUUGGAUUAUUCAACAUGGAGAGCCAGCAGAUCACCACUCCACCAGCACACCACUAA